AUGUGCAUUGAUUAUAGGGAGAUAAAUCGAUUAACCAUCAAGAAUAAGUACCCACUCCCGAGGAUCGAGGAUCUGUUAGAUCAACUGAAAGGAGCUAAGGUAUUGUCCAAGAUCGACUUACAAUUGGGAUACCAUCAACUGAAAGUAGAGACAAAGGACAUACCUAAGACAGCUUUUAGAACUCGAUAUGGACACCACGAGUUUACGGUGAUGUCGUUUGGGCUAACCAAUGCACCUGCAGUGUUCAUGGACCUGAUGAAUCGAGUGUUUCAUCAAUACUUGGAUCAGUUUGUCAUAGUCUUCAUCGAUGACAUUCUCAUAUAUUCCAAGAGUAAGGAGCAACAUGAAGAGCACUUGAGAAUAGCCUUAGAGGUAUUACGCAAGGAGAAGCUGUAUGCCAAAUUCAAGAAGUACGAGUUUUUGGGUUGGAAAGAUAAGGCAUGUUUCUACAACUUCAUGUUUUUGCAAGAAGUCAAAUUCGUACUACAAGGCAGCCAAAAUUGCCGUGCAAUGUCCAGCUUGUCUACCUGUGAAGCACAAGUUUUUGGCGCUGUUGCCAGGGAUUUGCGUCAAGGAUUAUUUUCUGCUACUUUCUGUGAGGUUUUCUUCUCUGUCAUAAUCUUCUUAAAUCAGCCGGGUAUGAUUCCAUUACUUCCUAAUUUUCAUGGCUUAGAAUCCGAAAGUCCAUAUCUGCAUCUUAAAGAAUUUGAGGAAGUAUGUGCCACAUUUAACGAUCAAACUUGUCCCAAUGAAAUUGUUAAGUUGAAAUUGUUUCCUUUUUCUCUAAAAGAUAAAGCAAAAACUUGGCUUAACUCUUUAAAACCUAAGUCGAUUGGCACAUGGCAAGAAAUGCAAAGUGAGUUUUUGAAGAAAUUCUUUCCAGCACAUAAAACUAAUGCUUUGAAAAGGCAAAUCCAAAACUUUUCUCAAAAAACCAAUGAAGUGUACUUUCAAUGUUUAGAAAGAUUUGAAGAUUUGUUAAAUACAUGCCCACAUCAUGGUUUUGAAAAAUGGCAUACUAUAAGUUUCUUUUAUGAAGGCUUAACUCCUGAAACAAAACAAUUUGUAGAAACGAUGUGCAAUGGUGAAUUUUUAGAUAAAGAUCCAGAUGAAGCUUUAGAAUUUCUAGAUCAUCUAACUGAAAAUUCUCAGUCUUGGCAAAUAGUAAAAUAA